AUGUCAGGUCAAGAUGAAACUAAGAAAGAUCCUUCGCAACAGGAAGAAUCAAUAAGAAUAUCAACUCAGGUUUCUUCACUAUCUACGAGGUUGAUUGAGAGUAUAGAUAAGCAGUCAAAGCUAGAAGAGCAGUUAAAUCAUGCUAGGAGGAUAUUGGCAGGACAAAAGAGCGCUAUGGAAAGACAUGAGUCGCUAAAACAAGAAUUAGAGCAAUUAAAACAAGUUCUGAAUGAUAAAGACAAGCAGCUUACUGAGACAAAGGAGAAGCUUGAUGAAGCAUCUAAGGGUUGGCAAGCUUCUGAACAGAAAGUUCAGAAGGUUCAUAAGGAGUUAGAAGAUUUGACCACGUCACUUUUUGAUGAGGCUAAUAAUAUGGUAUCUAAAGCACGGGAGGAGAAGCACGCAAUUGAGCAACUAAACUCGAAGCUCCAAGAGCAACUUCGUGAAAAAGAUAUGUUGUUAGACACGCUAAGUAUACAAUUGAAGAAUUUGAAGAAAGUGUUAUACAAGGUGGAAGAUGAGCAGAAUACUAUAAACAACUAUCGGCGGCCUCUAGCGGUGGAUGAACACACCGGUUCCAAUUUAUCUCUGGACAGACAGGCAUCUGUUGUCGAUUCCGCUUAUGAUCUAACACAAGCGAGUUUGCUUUUCACGCCAUUGGCCCAGUCGCUACGAUACGAUAUUCCACUUUACACGGAGUACUUACGUUUUGUUGCCGUUUUGCCAAUGUGUAAAAGCAUUAAGGAUACCAAGCACGAUUCAAAGUUCUUAAGAGGUCUAAUUAAUGAAAUUCAUCCAAUACUACGGCUAGAGUCUGCGGCAGGACUUGGAUGGCUGGCGAGGAGGAAUUUGUUGAACUUGAUGAUAGAAGGUUUGGUUGUAAUAGAGCCCAUAAGUGGUAUCAAUGAGACAUAUAGAUUGGGAUACAUGCCCUCUCACAUGACUGGCUACAAAAGUGAUGAGGGUGAGAACGUGAAAAUGUUUAAUUACCCUCCAAAUUCUCCCCCUGUUGCCAUUGAGGCACCUUGUGCCUUCUGCUCGGAGGGCCGUAACGACAUCUUAGAACAUGGAAGAUUAUACACGCUCAAGACUCUAAUGAAAACUGAAGAUGGAAGAACUGCCAUUGAAAGCCAGUAUCCACUAUGUCAUUACUGUUUACUAAAGGUCCGCCAAGUGUGCGAAAUAUUUGCAUUCUUGCGCUCACUAAAAUCGGGCGCGUGGCACUUGGAAAAUGUUACCUUGUCGUGUGCUAAAGCAGACAGUACAGAAUUCACACAAGUCCAGGUAAAAGAUGCAAAUGCUUCACCAUUGAAAGAAAAUGCAUCCUCUUUGACCAGCAAGAGGUUGAGUUUUAUGAGUAACUUUUCUCGUAACUCAUCUUUUGUCAAAACUACUCCAAAGGUUGAUGGUGUAGGGGAAGAUUUUGAUGGAAGAAAGGGGCUACCUAUGACCAAUGUACAGCGCUCUUGGUUGCACUUGGCAAAGUUACGUGCAUCAUUGUACUGGUCUCAUAUUGGGGUAUGGACAUUGGAUGAUGCGGUGCAGUUGAAGGUAGCGCCAAUGUCCUCUGAAGAUAAAGACCCAGCAAUAUUCAACGGAGAUUCACUUCCACAUGAAUGGGCCAAUUACGGUUCACCUUCGUCUACAAAUCAAUCUUUUACUUACAAUGAGUUUGGAGAAGAAGGAUCAAAGGAACAAGAAGGCUUUGACUUCGAAAAGGGAGAUGAAACUCAAGGUACCAUAAAACAGCCUGUAGAAGAGGAAACUGUAAAGAAUGAAGUAGCAAAUGAAGUCUCCCCACCUGUAGCAGAUAGUGCCGGAAAUACUAUAGAAUCCUCCGUCAUGGAUGACGUUCCUGAGGAUGUUAGUCCCUUAUCUGAAUCCAAAGCUCCAGAGCCAUCAAAAGAGCCAGAAGAAGUUGUAGAACCUAAUGGACCCCUUCCAGGCGCCCUGGCGGAAUAA